CGAUGCCGUUGUGUACGUGUGGCAAGCACGCAUUGCGUGCUCAGCGGCCUCGGAUCGCAGUUUCCGGGAUGCAGAAUCUUGCACAGGAUCGAACAGUGACAGAUUUUGGUUUUGUGGCUUCACUUAUCUUUGUGGGUACUUUGUAAGCAAACCUGGGUUCUGGCUCGGCUUGCCCUGUUGAUUUCCUUUUUGGCAGCAACGUGGCUCUCUGCCUUGCCGUUGUUCAGCUCGUUUGUUUGCUCCAUUUUCUUGCCGGCUACCACACAAGGCAGUAGUAGAAUUUGGACAAUCCUUCCUCAACAAAAGGAAGAGUGAAAAACUUGAAGUUAAUUUGGAGCUGAGAUGAAAGUGUGUCAGCUUCUGCCUGUAGUUGUCGAUUUGUGGUCUUCCGAUGGGACAAGAUCUUAGCGCAGCCCUCUGUCGCAUCUCUACCCGGACAAACUGACAGGGUGUGGUUGUAGCUGGCAACAUGGACUCCAAGUCCAAGUGUGGGCGCAUAGAUCUGGACAAAACAAGAGAGAAGCUGCUGGCACUUUCCGCUCAGGUGCAAGGCUUGACGUUGAAUUUUAGUCCACCGUCCCCUGAAGUUCCACAGAAGCCAGAUGGACUGGGUAUGGGAUCCCUUUCAAAAAAGAGUGCUGUACCAUCACACAGGCGUGCCUGCAGCGGCGGUUCACUGGUGGAUCUGGGGAUCAAUCUAAAAAGAAAUAGUUUUGAAGCUAGAUCUCCACUGUCAUUUGACUCGGCCACACUGCAUCCGACGGCUGCACUUCAACGACCCACUUCCAGUCUUUCAUUCAGUAACUUGAGUGAGAUUAGCAGAACUAGCCCAACCCUGGACUUCCGGCGGCCGAGAAGGAGCUUGGAUCGGGAAUCAACGCGCUCCACGUCCACGGAGAGCCUCUUCGAGGGCUGUAUCAACGAGCAGCGGCAACUGGCCAAGUACCUGACCGUGAGUGGGGCCCAGUAUCCCGCCGAGCUGCACGACCUGGAGCGUCACGGGCACCUGGGCCACGGCGUGAGCGGCCUAGUGGUGCGCAUGCUGCACCGUCCGUCCCAGACCAUGAUGGCCGUCAAGGUGAUGCAGCGGAACGGCAACGACGAGGACCAGAAGCGCGUACUGAUGGACCUGUACGUCACCAUGCACCUGACCGACUGCCCGCACAUCGUCACCUCGUACGGUGCCAUCAUACAGGCGGACGAGGCGUACAUCUGCAUGGAGCUGAUGAGCACGUGCCUGGACAAGCUCAUGAAAACGCACAAGCGGCCAUUCCCGGAGCCAAUCUGUGGUAAAGUGGCGGUGGCCGUCGUCAAUGCCCUCAACUACCUCAAGCAGAAGCACGACAUAAUCCACCGCGACAUCAAGCCGUCUAACAUACUGCUGGACGCAACAAGGGGCGUUUUCAAGAUCUGCGACUUUGGCAUCAGCGGGCACCUGGUGAACUCUCAGGCAUGCACGCGCGAUGCCGGUUGCACGGCGUACAUGGCACCGGAACGGUUUAUGCCGGCAACUGCGUCCAAGUAUGAUGUCCGUGCCGACGUAUGGAGUAUGGGAGUGACGCUCGUCGAACUGGCCACUGCACAGUUCCCCUACUCGAAUUGCCGCUCGCAGUUUGAGGUUUUGACGCGGAUCCUGGAUGAUCCGUCGCCUAGGCUUCCUGAAGACGCUGGCUUCUCCUCGCUUUUUCAUCUUUUUAUUGACCAGUGCCUUGCGAAGGACGUGGACCAGCGUCCGCGUUUCCGCGACCUGCGCAACCAUGACUUUAUCGUGUACAACGAGACAGCAAACACUGACGUGUGUGGCUGGUACAAGGCCCUCACUGCAACGUGACAAAGGAUGUGUGGAGCGAUAGCAUGCGUAUAAAAGAUCAUCCGUUGACGCACCCGUACCGUCCGCACUGUACAUAGUUUAUGUGUGAGCUGCUGCGCUUGCAAACCCCCCUCUCUCUCUCUCUCGUCCGUCCGUCGUCAAUAUCGACUAUCUCCGAAAGCGCGAUGUGGCUGCUGCAUCACUUCUAGCUGUGAUGCGCAUUGUCUUGCAGCGCCGUGUUCCGUUGUGACCUGCAUCGCUAACGGCUUCCCUCUUCUGCUGUACUUACUCCCCGGUCUUCUGCCUUGCUUCCCAGUUUUUUAAUUGCUGCUGCUGCCUGUAGUUUGCCAGCAGUGCACUUUCCUUGAUGUAUCGUAACCCCUAUUUUUACCCUCACCAUUUUCAGUACUUUCUGCAGUGCAUCAUUAUUCUCCGCUCUCUUCCCAAAGACGGCAUUUUACAGACGUUUUACACUCUAGUUUCUUCAUAUUUAUAUACUGCUCGUCGUUCUGGCACAGGGCACUUUGAUGUCCUGUCUUGAUGCCAGCUCAGCUAUGUAACACAGACAUGUGUCGCGGAUUUCA